AUGAAACUCGCGACAGUUUUCCUCUUUGCUGCCACAGCCUGGGGUGCUCAACACCAUCAUCGACGAGAUACUACAGACAAUGGCAUCAACCUGAGUGCAAUCUCGAGCGCACUAGAGGGUCUGGUGGCCAACCAAACAACCACUGCAAACUUUGCCAAUAUCUCGCCGCCGCCCAAGUCUCUCAUCUCCGAGAUUCUAUCUGUUGUGCCCGUAUCCGUCAUCUGGGAACUCAUCAACCCAGCAGAACGCAGUUCCCUCGCCAGUCAAUUCAAGGCUGGCACUACCCCAACCUGGUACGGCGCUCUCCCAACGGAUGUGAAAAACUAUAUGUCGGUGGUCAAGUCGCAGAUCUCCGGGGGAGCAUUGACGGCCACAACGGCCGAGAUCCACGCGGCAGCAAAUACAGGGACUGCAGCGGGAGCCACGGUGACCGAUUCCAAUCCCGGAGGGCCGGUGAGCUCGACCUCUAAAGGUGUGGCCGCGCAGCCGACGGGGCUGACCGUGUCGGCGUUGGGGGCGCUGGGAGUGCUUGGACUAGCACUAGCUCUGUGA